AUGGCCGCGGACACUGAAGCUGAAACUGACACAAUCCCCGUCCUUCCUCAUGAUGCCGAAUGCCGACCGAUUGUCACCGUGAAAGAGGAACCUGCCGACCAGCAAGACAAGCAGAGCCAUCAGGUACCAAACUCGAAUACAAUGGCAGACUCUCCCGCCCAGUCUUCGAAGGCCAAACUCAAACCAUGGGAUGCAAUAGAUCUCGAGCACGUCAAGAAAUGGGCUUCGACCUACGGAGUCCCUAUUGGCCUUCAACUCCUCUCCCUGCUAUGUUUCUUUGCGAUCCUCCUUCCGUACGCCGCCUACGCCUCGAAGAAGAAGAAAGACAAGCACCAAACCUGCACGACCAUUGCUCAACGUCUCUACGAGACCAAUCUCGCCCGAUGUGAUGCCAAUGCCGCAGGAAGUUUCAGCCUUCCUGGUGGUACCGUUGGAUUCAACUGGUUGGAGAUCACGGGGAUAGCGGCUGCGAGUGCAAUCUGGCACUUCUUGACUUGGUACCUCCAACGAGAAGUGGCUGCUGGUAGAAUCCAUUUCUCCAAGAACAGAGGUCAGAAGUGA